AUGAUCAUACCGAAAGUCAAAAAACAAUCAACAAACUUGUCAAGAUUCCUUUUUUUAAAUGCAUUUCUUUUCUGUUCGUUUGUUCAGGGAAUUUCACCCUUAUGGAUUCGCUUAAUUAUGUUUUUAUUGCGUGCAUGGUUCUUUGUAUAUGACUGUUUGAAUUACAUCCCAUACGAACUGUUCAAUUCACCGACUGCUAAAUUACAACGAAGUGAAAGAAUAAAAGCUAAACUAGUGAGAGGUAAACAAAAUUUGUGGCGCAAUGUAGAAAGUCCAAUCACUGAAGAUUUUCCUGGUAAAGAUACGGUGGAUAAAUUGUUCACUCAUGUGACGAAAUUGUUUGGUGAUAAACCAGCUUUAGGCACUAGAGAGCUGCUGGAAGUGCAUGAAGAACAACAGUCAGAUGGGCGCAUCUUCGAAAAAUGGGUGAUGGGUGAGUAUAAUUGGAUGACAUAUGCUGAGAUUCAGGAAGAGAUUGGUCGCAUUGCAUCAGGUUUCAAGGACAUCAUACAAAAUGAUUGUAGGGCAGUGAUUUUUGCUGAAACUCGCGCUGAUUGGUUAAUUACUGCAUUGUCAUUGUUUAGGAUCAAUGUACCGGUUGUUACAGUUUAUGCUACUCUUGGAGAGGAGGCUAUUGCACAAGCAAUUAAUGAAACGGAAGCUACUUUAUUAAUAACUUCAGCUGAGCUUUUACCAAAGAUAGCAGUAAUGGGCAGAAAAUGUGCAUCUCUUCAUUCUUUAGUCUAUUUUCGUCCUGUUCAUCCAUCUAAAAAACUCAGUAAUAUGAAUAUUAUCAAGAAUCAGUUUAAAAAUGUUUUUUCUUUGGACGAUCUAAGGACCUAUAAAAACACAGUUCCCGCUGUUUCACCGGCUAAUCGAAAUGAUACAGCAAUGAUAAUGUAUACUAGUGGUACCACUGGAGCUGCAAAAGGAGUGAUUCUCACCCAUUAUAAUAUCGUGUCAUCAAUAGCUGGAUUAGGAGCUGGAGUAGGAGGUAUUAUUUCAGAAACCGAAACCUACAUUGGUUAUCUUCCAUUGGCACACAUUUUAGAAUUUUGUGCAGAAAUCACGUGCUUAGUUCGGGGUUGCCGUAUUGGUUAUUCAAGUCCAUUGACUCUUCAUGACCGUGGAGCAAAAAUUAAGCCAGGUACACAUGGUGAUUGCUGGGCAUUAAGGCCAACACUGUUGGCAGCAGUUCCGGCAAUAAUGGAUAGAAUAUUUAAAGCAGUAAGUGAUGAAGUUGCUGCGAGUCCACGCUUCAUGCAGGAACUUUUUCGAUUGAAUUAUGAAAGAAAACGUGCUCGUUAUCAAGAAGGAUAUUGUAGUCCAUUUUUAGACAGAAUAGUUUUCAAGAAAAUUCGUCGACUUUUGGGUGGUAGAUUGCGUGGUAUAUUGUGUGGAGGUGCUGCUCUAAAUUCCGAAACUCAACGUUUCAUGAAUAUUUGCAUGUGCUGCCCCGUUAUACAAGGAUAUGGACUGACGGAAACGUGUGCAUCGAGCACUAUUUCUGAUGUUAGCGAUUUAAGUACAGGAACUGUUGGUCCACCUCUUCGAUGUUUACAAAUACUUCUUCGCGAAUGGAAAGAAGGUGGAUAUACACCAUACAAUGAUCCACCUCAGGGUGAAGUUCUUGUAAGUGGGCCUAAUAUAUCACCAGGUUACUGGAAGCAGCCUGAAAAGACAGCAGAAGAUUUUAUAGUUAUAGAUGAUGUACGUUAUUUUGCUACCGGAGAUAUUGGGGAAUUUCGGGAAGAUGGAUCAUUACGUAUCAUUGAUCGAAAGAAAGAUUUGAUUAAGCUACAACAUGGUGAAUAUGUUUCAUUGGCCAAAAUCGAAACAGCAUUAUUGAAUUGUCCAUUGAUCGAUAAUAUAUGCUGUUAUGGCGAUUCACUGUCGUCAUAUUUGAUUGCACUUGUUGUCCCUAAUAGGAAGCAUUUGGAAGGAAUUGCUAAGGAGCUUCAUGUCAGCUCAUCAAAUUCAGAUGAGUUAUGUCGAAACCAAGAAAUUAUUAAGGAAUAUAAGAAACGUAUGGAAGACCAUGCCGUAAGAAAUCAUUUAUUAAAAACUGAAUUACCGGGAAAGGUCUAUUUAUGUGAGGAGGUAUGGACAUCUGAGAAUGGUCUUCUAACUGAGGCAUUAAAAUUGAAGCGUCGUCCAAUCAAAGAAAAGUAUGAACAAAUAAUUGAGCAGCUUUAUCAUGAAGAUUCUCAUAAGCGCUGA